GAACCUGCAGAGGAGAAAAUAGCCAGCAAACUGAAAUCCUACUUUUCAGAGAUUCAUGAAAGUCCACAACAGCUCUUGCAAGCUUUUCAGAAACAUAAAGAAAUGGUGAAGAGACCAAAUAUUGGGAAACAGCUCAUUACUGAAAGAGAAACUCUGCUGGCAAGACUCUUGGAUUAUAUAAAAGAUAUUCAGUCUGAUUUUGAAACACAUUGUCAUGGUUUGCCUGGAGAAUCAUCUGGUCCGCUAUCAGGCAAGAACCUCCCUGAAGUUGUGAAUAAUAUUGUGUGGGUCCGCCAGCUGCAGUUAAAGGUGGAAGAUUCAAUGAAGAUAGCGGAGGCCCUUCUGUCUGACUUGUCUGGAUUUCAGUCCUUCCAUAAAAAAGCUUCAGAGCUGCUGGAGCAGUUCAAAGAAUAUGAACAA